AUGUCAGCUAUCAAAGAAUUUGAGUACCGACCCCUUGCCGAUGGCAUGCUAUUCGGGGAAUCCCCACGUUACUCCAAUGGCCUCUUAUAUGUCAGUGACAUGAUUGGUUGCACAAUCUACACCAUAAACCCAAAGUCCGGAGAGAAGAAGGUCUUGGCCAAGGUUGACCAACAACCCAAUGGCAUGUUCUUCCAUCCGGAUGGGUCACUCAUCUACUCGUCCAUGUUCGACGCUAAGCUGUAUCGGCUGAAAGAUGGAAAGACGACGCUGUAUAGCGAUCUAUCUCAUAUCAUGACGGGAUAUUGCGGCGACAUGUACAUCGACUCGGUAGGCAGGGUCUACCUAGACGAUACGGGGGCCCGAGUUCUCCAUGGAGAGGACCCUUCGCCAGGCCGCCUUAUCGUUAUAGAUACAGACCGUACUGCCAAGGUGGCCGCAGAGAACAUCGUCUUCCCCAACGCACUGGUAAUUGCUAGGGACGGGAAAAGCCUGUUUGUGGCUGAGACGUUUGGCGAAGGGCUCUUGAAGUUCGACGUUGGACCGGGAGGCGAGCUGUCCAACAGGCGGCUUUUCUGGUCUCCCCGUUCCCUCCCAGACUUUGCCGCGAAGGACGCCGCCGGAAAAAUGGUCAAGAUCGAUGGCGGGUGCAUAGAUGCUGAAGGCAACAUCUGGCUCUCCAUGCUGGGGUAUGAAGAGUUCAUCCGCAUUGAUCAGCAGGGCAACAUCAACGCUCGAAUUAAAGUGACUGGACACCCCACAGCUUGUUAUCUGGGAGGUGAUAAUGGCAAGACACUAUUUUUGGUGGUCAACCAGGUUCCAGAGGGAGAGAGCAUCUUUACCGCCAUGGUUGCGAAGAAAACCACCUCUGCGGUUGGAACAGCGGAGGUAGACGUCGGUUCCAUCUAA